UCAAAGAAUUUCAAGACUGGUAGAGAGAGCGAAGAAAGAAAGACAAUUCUUAUUCUUAUACUGACACUUCCCUCCAUUAUUUUGGCAUUUCUUGCGGAUUGAAGACAUAACAUAUUGGUAAAACAAACAAAAGGGCAGAGAAAUGGGGCGUAUUCCAUGCUGUGAGAAGGACAACGUGAAAAGAGGACAGUGGACACCCGAGGAAGAUAACAAGCUCUCUUCCUACAUUGCUCAACACGGCACUCGCAACUGGCGUCUCAUCCCCAAGAAUGCUGGUCUCCAGAGAUGUGGAAAGAGCUGCAGGCUAAGGUGGACUAACUACCUUCGUCCUGACCUUAAACAUGGUCAAUUCUCAGAUUCAGAAGAGCAAACCAUUGUGAAGCUUCAUUCAGUUUUUGGUAACAGAUGGUCACUGAUAGCGGCACAACUGCCGGGACGCACUGACAAUGAUGUGAAAAACCACUGGAACACCAAGCUGAAAAAGAAACUGUCAGGCAUGGGUAUAGACCCUGUGACCCACAAACCAUUCUCCCACCUAAUGGCUGAAAUCGCGACAACAUUGUCACCUCCUCAGGCGGCUCACCUAGCUGAAGCAGCCCUUGGCUGCUUCAAAGAUGAGGUGCUCCACCUUCUUACCAAGAAGCCAGUUAACUACCAGGGCCAACAUUCUGCUGCAACACUGGGGAAUAACAUCACUGAUUACUUUAACUGUAAGCCAGAAGAAAAGGACGACUCUGUGUCGAAGGCCAUACAACAAGAACCUGAAAUGAUACCGACAUAUAGACCUUGGGACUCCACUGCAACUACAUCUGCAAGUUUCAUGAUGCCAUACAGUGUUUUCCCUACAAUGCCUGGGUUUCAAUUCAGUCCUGCAUCACCAUGGAGCCAAAGUAUGUGUACAGGAAGCACAUGCACAGGCACAGCCAUGGAUCAGCAAAGCCACCAAUUACAUGAAAAACUUGAAGAGGAAAAUGGGGAUGAUUCUGAGGCUACAAAAGAAAUUAGAAACCUAUCCAAUAUAUUCAACUCAGACUGUGUCAUGUGGGAUUUACCAGCAGAUGAUUUGAUUAACCCCAUGGUAUAAAAAAGAUUCUAGA